UUGGUGCCAGCAUAGGGGGAUGGGUGGCGGGGGUCACGCCAACUGGGUGGGGGCCUGGCAGCCGUUUUGGAGGUGGCGUCAACUGGCCGCGGGGGUGGGGACACAGCCGCCAUUUCUGAGCGGCUGUAUUGGUCUCGUGCCAACUUGGCAGCUCUGAGUUGGGGGACGCGGCGGCCAUGUUGGUAUCGCCAUGUUGGAGCUAGGCCAAGAUGGCGUCUCUGGGAGGUGUCACCAUCUUGGUAUCACCAUCUUGGGGUUACGCCAAGUUAGUUUCUCUGGGAUGUGUCGUCGGCCAUUACGGGUCUCCUGCUAACUCAGCGUCUCUUUGGGGAUGUGGGCGGCCAUGUUGGUGUCGCCAUAUUGGAGCUAGGCCAGGUUGGCGUCACUGAGAUCUGGCGGCCAUGUUGGUGUUGCUCUGUUGGGCUCAUGCCCACUCAAUAGCUUCGGGUUCAGGAUUUUGGUGUCGCCAGGCGGAAAUCUCCGGAACAUGGCAGCCAUAUUGGUGGCACCAAUUUUUCUAGCGCCAAAGAGGGUUCACGGUGGACAUUUUGCCGUGCUGACGUGCGACUGUCUCUGGGGUGGGGCAGCUGUUUAUACAGGGAUUCCCUCCCCCGGCGCUGAGAUGCAGCCACCUCUGGGGUGGAUCACAGCAGUCCCCUUUCCCUCUCUCUCACGCCCCCUUCCCACUCCUCUGCUGCUGCUGCUGUGCGUCCCUGAUAAGCCGGCCACCAAACCCCCAAGUCACUCCGGAGACAGCUACGUCCGGCUCUAUUUCGGUCGCUUCCUCCUUGGGUCUUGGAGAUAGAGCCCCAAGGUGGUGCCCCACUGAAGGACCCUGGUGUUCGGGGCAUCAUGACCCCCGUCUGGAUCUUACUCCUUCUCCAGCUGCGACUCACCAGAGAGGAAGAUGUCUACAUCCAGAAGGGGCAGGACCGGCUGUUCCCUUGCGGCCUGGGCGAGCGUCCCUCGGGCAGGGAAGAGGUGACGUGGUCCUACAAUAUCGGUGAUCCUGUGUCCUCGUCGGUGCUGUUAUUCCGGGUCGCGGCGGGUCAGGCCCCGAAGAAGGAGGCAGUGGCCAGGGAGCGGCUCUCCGUGUUCCCCAACCACUCCCUGUACCUGCGGGGGGCUGAGGACGGGGACACGGGGACCUACUGGUGUUCGGCGCCGGGAGCCAACGGCCACACCUACCACCUGUAUGUUGUCACAGGGACCCAGACGGUGCUGACGACCGGCCAGACCAACAUGACCUGCCACCAGUUCUCCUGCGCGAUCUGGGACCGGCAGACGCUGACGGAGCCGGAGGUGACAUGGUGGGUCGGCGGGCAGCGGGUGCAGAGCACCGGCGGGCAGCGGGCGCAGGACACCGGCGGGCAGGGCUGGCAGCUCGUCUUGUCGAGCUCGCGGGCGGCGCUGCUCCAGGCCUGCUGGAACAGGAGCGACCCGGGGGCCAGGAAGAAGAAAAGACGGGUCAGUGAAGGACCCGCCCGCCCCCAACGUGGGGGGACCCGCCUGUAG